CUUUGUCUAUGUCUCAGACGUUCCCAAUUUUUCGAGCAAGAGGUUAAGAUAGGGGCAGCCCCAAACCCCAUCGCGACCGUUGUCAUCACCAAGGGAAUGGAACGACGCACGCGAUCAACGCCAAAAUUGAAACUGAUCGCCGUCAUCCGUCGAGCUGCUGCCGAACCGUUCGGACAUUGGGCCGCUCGCGAUCGGUGUCCGCGCGCGCGCGUUUGUAGAUAGUGUGAAUCGUCGUAUGACUGCUCCGUUCCGUGCCCAAGCAAACGCAGCGCAAUGUCGAAGGUGAGACGGCGUGACGUACUGUUGAUAGCGAUUUUAGUGCUCCAGUUGCUGCUGCCGUUAGAUGCGCGCCGACACGGCGACGGAUCAGUGCGCUCGAUCGUGCGAGCCGCUCAGCUGGCAGCGAAAGUGAAACGAGAAAGUGGCAACGAUCGGAUCGAACCGCAGAGUGACGAUGGGGAUGAUGACAAGGCCGACGAGAUUAUCUACGACCAGCGGCAGGGCGCUGGGGAAACCAACAUACGGCUGAGCAUUAAGAACUUUCAGCUUCAGCUGCCGGAAUCGGAGCUGAAGCGUUUGCAAAGCUCCGACAUGGUACGAUUGAUCCAGAACUCGGUGCUUCGUUUGUUUGGCAUUGGGGUGGGAAGUGAUCCCGAACCGGAAGCAACCUCGCGUAGUCCCCCGGUCGCCGAGCAGCCGGCCUCUACCGAGUGGCAACCGGUCGAGAACUUUGCCCAAUCGCUACCGGAACUGGUUACCUCGAUGCUGCAGGUGAACGGGACCAACGUGCCGGCCAAGUUCUUCCUCGAGAUCAGUGACUUUCUGAUGAACACGAAUGACAAUGACGCGGUGGAUGAUAUGCGUGUGGAGACGAAUCACAACCAGCAGCAGCAACUGGAGCAGCAGCAGCUGGAGCAACAGUUGCAUCGGUUUCAGCAGCAGCAGCAGCAACACCACGAGUCACCUCCCGAGCAGCCAGCGGAUGGGUCACACUUUGGCACGGAAGAGAUCACGAUCGAGCGGUUAGAAAACACGACCAACGUGAGGAACCAAACCAUCACCAUUAGCAAGAAGCGGCAUCAGCUGGGACCGCUGCCGACCGAUGGCAGUGCGCUGGAAACGGUCAGCAAGGAGAACCAUCACACGUUCAACACUACCCGGAACGCUACCGAAUCGUCCGACCGGUUCGUUCAGACGAAACCGAUACGGCUGGAAACGGUGCGACGUGUGGUGGUUUCUACGAACGAGCCGCUUCAAACGCUACGGGAAAAGGUCAUCUGGAAGGUGGAGCAGCAGCAGCAGCAGCAGCCAUCGGAGGUGGCUGGAGAUGGGACGGCUGCUGGUGGACACUAACGGGACGGGGGUCCGCGAUGGGUGGUGUGUGAUGAGUGAAAGCUAUCAUCUGAUAUUUCACACAUAGAGUUAGUGUGUGCUCGGAAUGCAUAUGUGUGACAGGUUAUUCUGUUUCUUCUUUGUCCGGGUCUAUUUUAGGUUUUGGUGAGUGUAAAUUUUGUGUCACGGUACUGGACCGUCUUUUUGUGUGAUGGAGAGAAUUGAACUACAUCCGGCCCUAGCAGGAGCAAGAUCGUCUACCAUUCGGCCGUCGCGGUGUGACAAUCAGAGAAGCAAUUUAGGACAGUGUAAUACAAUCGAUCGUGGUCAUGCACAAGCCUAAAAAUUGAUUAAAAUCAAUUGAAGUUGGUGAAAUCGAAGAAAUUAAUAUUUUAAUUUGGAUCACUCAAAAAGCCAUACACAAAAGCACAAUAAAAUCGAACAGAUUUCAACGUUAAAAA